UGUGCUGGCACAGAGAACAAGCUGAGCUCUCUCUCUGACCUGGAGCAGCAGUAUCGGGCCCUGCGCAAGUACUAUGAGAACUGUGAGGUAGUUAUGGGCAACCUGGAAAUCACCAGCAUUGAGCACAACCGAGACCUCUCCUUCCUGCGGUCCAUCAGAGAAGUCACAGGCUACGUUUUGGUGGCUUUGAAUCAGUUUGAAUACCUGCCAUUGGAGAACCUGCGCAUCGUUCGUGGGACCAAACUGUAUGAAGAGCGAUAUGCUUUGGCGAUAUUUCUUAACUACAGAAAGGAUGGUAACUUUGGACUCAGGGAACUUGGCUUGAAGAACUUGACAGAAAUACUGAAUGGAGGGGUGUACGUUGGCCAGAACAAAUUUCUGUGCUUUGCAGACACCAUUCAUUGGCAGGAUAUCGUGCGUAACCCCUGGGCCUCCAACUUCACUUUGGUUCCAACGAAUGGCAGCUCAGGAUGUGGUCGAUGCCACAAGUCCUGCACAGGCCGAUGCUGGGGACCCACAGAGAAUCACUGCCAGACCUUAACGAAGACUGUGUGUGCAGAGCAGUGUGAUGGACGGUGCUAUGGGCCCUACGUCAGCGACUGCUGCCACCGGGAAUGUGCUGGAGGUUGUUCCGGACCUAAAGACACUGAUUGCUUUGCCUGUAUGAAUUUCAAUGACAGUGGUGCGUGUGUCACACAGUGUCCCCAGACUUUUGUAUACAAUCCUACCACCUUCCAACUCGAGCAUAAUCACAAUGCCAAGUACACCUAUGGGGCUUUUUGCGUCAAAAAGUGCCCACACAACUUUGUGGUAGAUUCCAGCUCUUGUGUCCGUGCAUGUCCAAGCUCCAAGAUGGAGGUUGAAGAAAAUGGUAUUAAGAUGUGCAAGCCCUGCACUGACAUUUGUCCUAAAGCAUGUGACGGCAUUGGAACAGGGAGUUUAGUGUCAGCUCAGACGGUGGAUUCCAGCAACAUUGACAAGUUCAUAAACUGUACCAAGAUCAAUGGCAACCUUAUCUUCCUUGUUACUGGGAUUCAUGGGGACCCAUAUCAUACAAUUGCCGCCAUCAAUCCUGAGAAAUUAAAUAUCUUCCAAACUGUGAGAGAGAUAACAGGAUAUUUGAAUAUACAGUCGUGGCCUGAGAAUAUGACAGAUUUCAGGGUGUUUUCUAACUUGGUUACUAUUGGUGGAAGAGCUCUCUAUAGUGGCCUUUCCUUACUCAUCCUAAAGCAACAAGGCAUUACUUCUCUGCAGUUUCAGUCCUUGAAGCAAAUCAGUGCUGGCAACAUCUACAUAACAGACAACAGCAAUUUGUGUUACUACCACACUGUCAACUGGACGAGCCUCUUCAGCACACCAAGUCAAAAGACUGUGAUUCAUCGAAAUAAAAAGGCAGAGAACUGCACUGCUGAUGGAAUGGUGUGCAAUGAAUUAUGCUCAAGUGAUGGCUGUUGGGGGCCAGGGCCAGACCAGUGUCUCUCCUGCAAGCGCUUCAUCAGGGGACGGACCUGCAUAGACUCUUGCAACCUGUAUGAUGGGGAAUUUCGAGAAUUUGCAAAUGGUUCUGUUUGUGUGGAGUGUGAUCCCCAGUGUGAAAAGAUGGAAGAAAACAUGAUCACAUGCUAUGGGCCGGGACCUGACCAUUGCACAAAGUGUUUCCAUUUUAAAGAUGGUCCAAAUUGUGUGGAAAAAUGUCCUGAUGGCUUACAGGGGGCCAACAGCUUCAUUUUCAAAUAUGCUGAUGAGGAUCGUGAGUGCCAUCCGUGUCAUCCAAACUGCACCCAAGGGUGUAGAGGUCCCGCUAGUCAUGACUGCAUUUACUAUCCAUGGACACGACAGUCCACUUUACCACAACAUGCUAGAACCCCUCUGAUUGCUGCGGGAGUUAUUGGUGGCCUCUUCAUCAUCGUCAUUGUGGGCCUGACAUUUGCCGUGUACGUUCGGCGCAAAAGCAUUAAAAAGAAGAGAGCAUUACGAAGAUUUCUGGAGACUGAGCUUGUGGAACCCUUGACUCCAAGUGGCACAGCACCCAACCAAGCACAGCUUCGUAUCCUGAAGGAAACUGAGCUGAAACGAGUCAAGGUUCUUGGCUCUGGAGCUUUUGGAACCGUGUACAAGGGUAUUUGGGUCCCUGAGGGAGAAACCGUAAAGAUUCCUGUGGCCAUUAAGAUCCUUAAUGAGACCACUGGUCCAAAAGCCAACGUGGAGUUUAUGGAUGAAGCUCUUAUCAUGGCCAGCAUGGACCACCCACACCUGGUGAGACUCCUGGGUGUCUGCCUGAGCCCCACUAUUCAGCUCGUCACUCAGCUGAUGCCUCAUGGCUGCCUGUUGGAUUAUGUCCAUGAACAUAAGGAUAAUAUUGGUUCCCAGCUUCUGCUAAACUGGUGUGUCCAAAUAGCUAAGGGAAUGAUGUACCUGGAAGAGAGAAGACUUGUCCACCGUGACUUGGCGGCCCGUAAUGUCUUGGUGAAAUCACCAAACCAUGUGAAGAUCACUGACUUUGGCUUGGCUAGACUUUUGGAAGGAGAUGAAAAGGAGUAUAAUGCUGAUGGAGGGAAGAUGCCAAUUAAGUGGAUGGCUCUGGAGUGCAUACACUACAGGAAAUUUACCCAUCAGAGUGAUGUUUGGAGCUAUGGAGUCACUAUCUGGGAGCUUAUGACCUUUGGUGGGAAGCCAUACGAUGGAAUCCCAACUCGAGAGAUCCCCGACCUCUUGGAGAAGGGAGAACGUUUGCCCCAACCUCCGAUCUGCACUAUUGAUGUUUAUAUGGUGAUGGUGAAGUGCUGGAUGAUUGAUGCUGACAGUCGGCCAAAAUUCAAGGAGCUGGCUGCUGAAUUCUCUAGAAUGGCUCGAGACCCUCAGAGGUACCUAGUAAUUCAGGGAGAUGAUCGUAUGAAGCUCCCAAGUCCAAAUGACAGCAAGUUUUUCCAAAACCUUCUUGAUGAGGAAGACCUGGAAGAUAUGAUGGAUGCUGAAGAGUAUCUUGUUCCUCAAGCCUUCAACAUCCCUCCUCCCAUCUACACCUCCAGGACAAGAAUUGAUUCCAACAGGAGUGAAAUUGGACACAGCCCUCCUCCUGCCUACACCCCUAUGUCAGGAGUUAUGAUGUCGAAAUUUCCUUGCACGCCCUUGCUGUCAAGCAAAAUGAACCAGUUUGUGUACAGAGAUGGUGGCUAUGCUACAGAAGUGCCGAUGCCAUACAGAGCUCCUGGCUGCAUAAUACCAGAAGCCCCGGUUGCUCAGGGGGCCACAGCAGAGAUCUUUGAAGAUACUUGCUGUAACGGCACACUACGAAAACAAGUGGCAACCCUGGCAAAAGAGGACAGCAGCACCCAGAGGUACAGCGCUGAUCCCACAGUCUUCAUACCCGAGCGGGUUGUCCGGGGAGAGCUGGAUGAGGAUGGGUACAUGACGCCGAUGCGAGACAAACCUAAAACAGAUUACCUAAACCCGGUGGAAGAGAACCCAUUUGUUUCCCGACGAAAGAAUGGAGAUCUCCAAGCUGUGGACAACCCAGAGUAUCACAAUGCUCCAAACGGGCAGCCCAAAGCAGAGGAUGAGUACGUGAACGAGCCAUUGUACCUCAACACUUUUGCAAACACCUUGGAAAAUGCCGAGUACCUGAAGAACAAUUUGCCGGAGAAAGCCAAGAAAGCCUUUGACAACCCGGACUACUGGAACCACAGCCUGCCCCCACGAAGCACCCUCCAGCACCCGGACUACCUGCAAGAAUACAGCACAAAAUACUUUUACAAACAGAACGGACGAAUCCGGCCCAUUGUGGCAGAGAAUCCUGAAUACCUCUCCGAGUUCUCCCUGAAGCCUGGCACUGUGCUGCCCCCGCCGCCCUACAGACACCGAAAUACAGUGGUGUAGUGACCGCGGUCUUACAGAAGUGGAAAGGCAACCCCUUCUAGAUGCCUCACUCUUUCUCACUCUCCUUUUCUCUCUCCUCCGUCCCUCCCUUUCUCCCAUGAGCUUCCUCUUCUUGCCAGUUCACUCAUUUUUGAUACUUCCAAGUGAAUGGAUGUCUUGGAGUCAUAUGCAGAUUGGGUUGGGAACCAGGAAGGAAGGAAAGAAAGAAAGAGACUGAAAGAAGGUGUGUACAACCUGGCCUUUCUCACUUUCCGCAGAUCUGGAGGGUCGGAUGGUCAGAGAAGCCAGACAGUACCAGUAAAGGCCAGUGGCAGUGUUGCCUGCUGUUGAGCUAGUUCUCAGUGAUUCAACCCAGACACUGCAGGGAAAGCCAGAGAGAGGCUGUUUUUUUCAGCAGGAACUGUUAAGAGUCUGUACAGCAUUCCUGGAAGUCUCAAUGCAGUUUCCACUGGGGGGAAAAUGGACAAUUUUUAUAUCAUGUGUGAUAGCAUAGUAAUUGAGAUUGAGAAUCCAAUUUCUUUCUCUAACACUUUCUAUCCCAACAACUGAAAAUGUCUAACCUGGCUUUUCAUAAUAGUUCAGAUCUUCAUUGUGGCUUUCCAAGAAAUGAUGAUGUGACUCUAAUAUACGGCUAAACCCUUUGUCUGAGCCACACCAUGAUUUUGUGCCAGUUCCUAACCACAGAGACUCCCGCUCAGAUCUGGUACGUGAUGCGACCAUUUUUGUAUGUGUGCCAACAUGAGAAACACUAAACACAAAAACCUUUUCAGAAGAGAGUAACAAAACCACGCCUCCAACACGUUCUUUUUGAAGCUAAAAGACAGGCCAAGAAACCAAGAUUUGUAUGCAAAAGGCUUUGCUUUCCUGUUUUAUACCGCUGACCAUAAAUACAUAAAAAGACUUAAACAAAUUCUUCCCUCUUUUUCUUUUUUGUGAUCAUGAAGGGAGUUGGGGAUGCUGUCAGGCAACACUGAGGACAAGAUGGAGAACUGGAGAGUUUGAUGUGGGUUGUGAAGUCUGCUGGUGUUCUGUGGGGUGGUGGUGGGAAGGGGCCUUUAAACUGGAAAACAGACACUGGACUGGAGAAAACGCACAUAGCGGUUCACUGGAAAGUUAGUUUGCACUUAAGCUCCGAUUUUAUUUGAACUGUUUUCUGGAUUUUGAAUGAAGCAAUAUGGAAGUGACCAGCAAAAUACAAAAUAAUAAUUUUAAAUUUUAAAAAAAUUAAUUAUAUGUAAAGGAUGACUGUGGAAAUGCCAAAAUGAAGCAAAUCAAGUCUUUGGAACAACGUCUACCAGUUCUGAGAGGCCAUUGCAUUGACUGCUUCAGAGAAUACAGUGACAGAGCAACCAGCUCUUACUGCUGCCACGUGAAGGACAGCAGAGCAAGUCCUGACAGGGAUCGGAGGAGACAAAUGUCUUGCUCUGGCUUGCAGCACAGUACAGAAUACUUUUUUCUAAAAGGAGGAUUACUCUGGCACAGAAGACGGUGCAUAUGAGGUUUGAGAAAUCAAAAUGUGCAUGACUCGCAGAGUUUUCUGUCAAAAAUGUAAAUAAGUAUGAGUCAGUCUCCUUGCACUUAGUUCUGCUUUCAUGAACCUCAAUUUUUAGGUAGACACCCCCACCCCACCCCCCGCCUGCUCCCCUUUGGAAAUAUCUUUCAGCCAGAGUUCUGGACGUUUUUAGCAACCUGAGGCAGAUGAAGCUGGGCAAGGGCGAGAGACAGUGGUGGCUUGCUCCUGACAUGCCAAGACCCAUGUGUGUAAGAGCAUCUGUGUACAUAGUUCCCACUGAAAAUCUUAAGGAACUGCUAAGUACCUUUGAAGAUCUGCCUAUAUCUCUAUCCAUUAAGGCAUUAAAGGGGAAGAAACAACACCUAAUGGAUGGCAGUCUUAGGUGAUACAACAGUAUUUCAGUUUAUGUGCUUCAGUACUGUUAAAGUCGAGAUCUUUGGGGUGACCUAACUUGGCAAUGAAACCAUCAACAAACAGUGGUCUGGAAAUGGCAAUCAAGCUCCCCCAGAAUCCUGCCAUCAAACAGCUUGCCACCUGUAAUAGUAGGGAAGCAGAGGAAGGAGAAAGAAGCAAGCAAGAGUUAUCCAGAUCUUGGUGGCUGAGGGUCAGCUUGUCAAAGGUAUGAAGAGCUUUCAAACCUGGGUUGGUCAUUAUGCUUGCAGAUGGGAAACAACUUGUGUAUGAUCACUAGGUCAAGGUUGUUUUAGCCCACAGCCCGCUUCUGCAUCAGGUGUGUUCAGGCCAGCUUGAACCAGCUGCGGGAUGGGUGUUAAACCUGUAAGCUGAGUAUGUAGUUGAAGAGUCUGGAAACAACAAGUACGGAUCUUUGAAGCUGUUAAAAGGAGAUGUUGGGUCAAGGGGUACCAAGGUGGUUUGUGGUGGCAGAACAAAAUGGCCGGGGGGCAGAUGGCUACAAAAACACCAUGUGCCUGAGAGGCCUGGCCUCUUCCUGGUGCCAUCCCGUAACACCUCAUGGUCUUGGCAGGAGACAGAGGCAGGCACUGGGCAGAGGCUGGGGGCGCAGAGGGGUGGCACGAGGUCCUGGAGAUGCUGCUCCAGGGAAGGUUUGCCAGCAGUACUGCUCACAGGGUCUGAAGCACGGCCAAAGGUCUGCCAGGUUGGGGCACAAUUGCCCAGCUGCCUGGAGACAAAGACCAGCACGGGAUUGUGGAUGUGCUGUUUCAGCACAGCAGCAGCUUGGGUUAUGUAGGUAGGUGGAGAAAGGGGUUGAUUUGUCCCUGAACAAGUCUUGUAACAGAGUAACUCCUGAUGGAGAAAAAAUAAAAUAAAAUCCUGGUACAACUUACGUGUUUGAAUUCAAAGAGGUGCACUCAAAGGCUGCUGGGGCAGAAGCAUGCACACCUCCAAACCCAGGUGGGGUGGUGCUGGGAUGUAACUGCUAACAGAAGGUGAGGCCUGUUUGUUUCUCGGGUAAUGAAGUAGUACCGGUGUUGGAAACAAGCCCGUUGAAUAAUCAAAAUGUAAAUAAUUGUGUUUUUUAACAGUUUAACAUUUUAUUUCUUACAAAACUUGAAUUAUUUAUUCAUUUUAAUUGUUGACUGUGGGUGUGAUAUACUAUAUUAAGCAGCAUGGAAAUGCAGAGGUUCUUUGAAGUGAGGCAGCAUGAAGGCCAGAUGGAAGCUUGCUUAUGCUAGGGCUCCGAGACACAGCCAGGCCGUGCUGUGCUGAGCCGUGCUGGCUGUGUCUUGAGUAGCAGAGGGCAAACAAAGGGUUAAUGAACACCGUAAAUGGGAAACUCGACAGACUGCAGCUUCACAAAUGGGCAUUUUUUUUUUCCCCCCAAGCUUCCAGUUUGAGUAACCAUUGCCAAAAACGUCCCUUGUGUUUCCUGCUGUGCCAGGAGCUGACCCGCGUGGUGCCAUGUGUCUGGCUAACCGCCUCCUUUUCCCCGGUAAGAGCAGCAGUCGUGUUUCCUCUGCAAGAGUAGUGCCUCCGAGCUACUUUGGCAGAUUCUUGUCUCUUUGCCAAAGAAAGUUUAACCAUGGUUAAA